AUGAGGCGUGAUGCGGUCAGGAGGUUUGCCACCGAGCCUGGCAAAUUUCCUCCCAAGAUGGUGUUAACCAAGGCGUGCAGAUGGGUGCGAACCGACGCAUUUGUGAUAGACGCGUCGCGCAAGUGCUCGAAUGUCAUCCCCGAAGGCCCGGCUCCAACUCCAUUUUCGCACCUGCCCAACAUUUUGGCGAAAUCCGCGUGGGCGAUUGAAAGUGUUGACCCACGCGGAGUCGGCCAGAUCACCCCCUCGCUUGCUGCAGGCCCGUCUGCUCCUGUUGAAGCUCCGACCGCUCCGCCUGCUGCUCCUGCUCCUGUGCUCCUGGCUCCCGUGAUUGCGCCUGUGGCGUCUGCGCCUGCUGGGGAUGCUGCCGCUCACUCCGAUCCUGCUCUUGGCGUGGUCGUUGCACAGGCCGCUUCAGUCCCCGACGUGCCUGCGCCGGCGUCUGCUUCUUCCCCGAAGGCGGCGUCCGCCACCACUGUCGACCCGGCUCCGAUGGUGGCGCCUCCUGGCGCGGACCCUGUGGCUCCCGCUCUGCUGCCGGUGGCCCCUGUAGUGCCGCCGUCUCGUCCCCCGUCGCCGGACCGUCGUCUAUCCCGCCCCCAUUCUCCCGCACCCCAACAGGAGCGGGAGACGUCGCGGCGCCGGCGCAACUCUCCCCGGCGCUAUCAGCAGCAGGCCAAGUGGCCUGCUCAUCCUGGCAACAAUGGGGGCUGGAGGGGCCCCCACGGGCGUGGUGGUGGCGGGAGGUACCGUCCGCCAGUGACAAUGGCGGAUCUCCAGCGGGAGGUGUCGCGGGCCGUGCGCCAGGAGAGGGUGGCGCAGAGUCAAAGCAGUUUGCUGCGGGCUACGCCGGCGCCUGUGGCUCCUCGUCAAGCUGAGCCUCGUGUGGCCCCUCCGCCGGCUGCUGCAUUUCCUCCUCCUGUCCUCGCCCCAUCGGCUCCAUCUCCUUCUGUCUCGGCGCCUGCUCCCGGCUCCCGUCUGCAUUUGCCACCGGUCCCACCUGUUGCGGGGGUGGAGUUUGUGGCCGUGGGUGGUGGCGCUGCGGCUCAGCAUUCCCACCACGUUGCUGCUGAUGAGCCGCUGUUGUUUCUGACGGAGGCGCUGCAGCCCCCGUAG